UUCCAUGAUCUUAUUUUGCUGUCAAUUUCCACAAACCGCCCCGGUUUUGUUGGCUGUCAUUUGUUAUUAGUUAAAACUCGGAAGACUUUCGACCUUCAUUGACUGUCCCCAGUUUGACGUGCCGCACUAUAGAUCAAUGAUAAACACCAUCUCAGUCAAAUGAAAAGCACUGCCAUACUCCCGAGGAGGCUGUCCUCCCCCGCUUCACUGAUUGGGCGCCGGUAUUACUCUGGAAUUACCUUGAAUCCACAGCAUGCAAACCCCAGGAGACUGCAGCUCCUCCAGCCAGCUUCACGUGUUCCAGCGAGAGGAAUGUUUAUCCAGACCCAGGACACUCCGAACCCAAACAGUCUCAAGUUUCUUCCCGGACGGAUGGUUCUGGAAUCGGGGACUAUGGACUUCUCUGUCCCCAGCGCGGCUUUCUGCUCCCCGCUCGCCAGGCAGUUGUUCAGAAUCGAGGGAGUAAAGAGUGUCUUUCUGGGACCUGACUUCAUCACCAUCACAAAGGGUGACCCCGUGCUGGAGUGGAAGCUGAUCAAGCCUGAGGUGUACGCCACCAUCAUGGACUUCUUCAGCUCAGGACUGCCAGUGCUGACAGAGGGGACCCCCCAGACAGACACGGCCCCCUCCGAUGAAGAUGACGAGGUCGUCUCCAUGAUAAAGGAGCUUUUAGACACCCGAAUCAGGCCCACGGUUCAGGAGGACGGAGGGGAUGUGCUGUAUCGAGGGUUUGAGGACGGGAUUGUGAAGCUGAAGCUCCAGGGCUCCUGCACCAGCUGCCCCAGCUCCAUUGUCACCCUGCGCAGCGGAAUCCAGAACAUGCUGCAGUUCUACAUCCCAGAGGUAGAAGGAGUAGAGCAGGUGAAGGAAGACGAUGAGGAAGAGCAAGGGGUCGAGUCCUGAACGAACCCCGCCUCCCCUGCCUUCUUUCUCACAGACCCCUCCCCCUCUGAAUUGUGCCUGACGGACCCAACAAUAUAGACCAAAUACCAGGGACUGGAAAUAAGACUCCCAUUGCAAAGCAGUUUCACCCGAUCCAGGUUUUAAUAUGUGCUUGAUUAGCCUCAGUGCAUAGGUACAGUAACAAACUCGGGUGUGUGUUAUUAGACCCAUAGCAGAACAAGGAUUGGAUCAAACUGCUAUGCAAAGGGAGUCGUCUUCCCAUCCCUGGCUUGGACGGCUGUUAAAACUGGAUUUCAUGGACCUGUGUCCUCUUUCUUUAAUUCUGUAUUAAAACAGAGUUUUGUUUUCAGUUCUGCAAGAGUCAGUUCAGUGCUUGUGUGUGUUGGACAGGGGUGGGGGUAGGUGUCUAAUUUCAACUCCUGUACAAUAUAUUAAAAAUGAUGUAGAGUGUAAUAUUGAAGUGUUGAAUAAAGUAUUUCUUUGCUGUG